AUGGCUGAUCCGCUGUCUGUGAUAUCAUUCGGUAUCCAAGUUACCCAAUCUCUAGUCGAAUUUUACUCCGCAUACAAGGAUCAAGACAAUGCUCUGGCCAAGAUCAUAGUGAAUCUUGAGAACCUUCUCGGCAUUCUCCAGUCCAUUGAUGGUGCGGUACAGAAUCGUCAAUCUCAGACGGAUACCUUACUCCAGGAGAUCGACAAGGCGGCAGCGGGAUGCCGUGAGAUUAUCGAGGAACUGUGGGACGAGUGCCAAAAGUUCCAAAAAGAUAGCAGUCUCAGUCUGAAGGGCCGAAUCCAAGUUGCCGGACGCCGGGUGACUUAUCCAUUUAGGACAAGUACUCUGCAAAAACUUGAAGAGGACAUCGCCGAGAUACGGGAAAACUUGUCUCUUGCAUUAAAUGUGCUACAGCUUAGAAACCAGACUGGGCUUGAAGACGGGAUAUCCGAACUCAAAAUAAUCGUCCAACAGACAAAUACGAUUCAAAUAUCUGCUAUGAUUCGUGAUUGGCUCAAGGCUCCAGAUGCGACCAUUGAUCACAAUGUCGCAUGCGAGAAACGCCAUACAAGCACAGGACUAUGGUUGAUCAACGGCCAGAAAUUUCGGACCUGGCUGAGUGAGCCCAAUUCAUUACUCUGGAUUAAUGGCUUCGCUGGAUGUGGCAAGUCGGUCAUAUGCUCGACGGCAAUUGAGGCAGUUCGACAUACAUUCCGUGACAGUCAACAGUCCAGUAUAGGAAUUGGAUUUUUCUACUUUUCCUUCAAUGAUGAGACCAAGACAGAUUGUUCCGGCAUGUUACGCGCAUUGCUAUUGCAGUUGUCGGCUCAACUUGAAGGAGGCGAAAAGGAUCUACAAAAACUGCAUGGAUUGUAUAAAUCGGGUGCUCCACCCGUGAAAGUCCUACUCGACUCCCUUCGACAGACAAUCUGCAAGUUCAGCUCUACCUACAUUCUAUUAGACGCAUUGGAUGAAAGCCCCCGAGAUGAUAAAAGAGAGUACGUUUUGGAUGCGAUAGAGAAGAUCCGGCAAUGGGACCUGCCCACUCUCCACCUCCUAGUGACUAGCCGCAACGAAAUCGACAUCCGAAAUUCUCUGGAAACGCCCUCUUGCCAGGAUAUCCCAAUGAGAAAUCCGGAGACAGAUAUGGACAUCCAAAACUUCAUUUCCUACCAGCUCAGCAAUGACCCCAAACUUCAACGAUGGAAAUCACGCCACGACGAGAUUCAAGAGAAACUGAUAAAUAAAGCAGAAGGAGUAUUCAGAUAUGUCGAAUGUCAACUCCUUGCGCUAAAACGGGCCCGGAUCCGAAAUGAGCUCGAUAAAUGUUUGCGUUCUUUGCCUCGUGAUCUGGAUGAGACAUAUGAGCGAGUGCUGUGUAGCAUCGACGAGGGAUACGUUCAAGAAGUACGGUUGAUAUUAAAUUUACUUUGUGUGUCUGAUCAGCCAGUCACCAUGGAGCAACUUAUCGACGCUCUUACCAUUGAUGUCAGUGCUAGCGAGUUACAACUAGAUCGUGAUGGUCGAUCAUUUACCGAAGAUGAUAUUCUCGACAUUUGUCUUGGUCUGAUAGAGGUUGCAGUGGUCGAAGGGGACUCUAGAGCGACUGCGAUUGCUCGAAUAGCGCACUUCUCUGUACAGGAGUAUCUUGAAUCAGAUCGAAUUUCCCAGAAAGGAGCAGCAAAAUUCAGGAUACAAGAAGAAACAACGUACACAGAGAUGGCUCAAAUUUGCCUCGUUUACCUGCUGGACCCAUCGCUGUCGAUUGGAAAUUUGAACGAGAAAAAACUGGAAAUGUUUCCUUUCGCUUGCCUUGCCGCCAUGCAAUGGUUCCUUUCCUACAACAAUUCCGGGGAAAGGAAGUCCGAAAUUGAAAGCUUAAUUUUGAAGCUAUUCAAGGGCCAGCCAGAGUCAUUUGAGACAUGGGUGCUGCUGGAUGAGAUGAACCAGAGGGGUUCCAGAGUACCGAACUUUAACCAUCCUGUCCCGUCGCCCAUAUACUACACAGCCCUUUUGGGGUUGGAGAACAUCUUGCAUGCCUUGAUAGCGAGCUGGCCGGAGGAUACCACAAUAUCUGCCGCCUUUAAUGCUCAAGGGGGUGAAUAUGCCAACCCGCUCCAGGCAGCAUCGCUCAGCGGCCAUGAGAAGGUGGUGCAGAUCCUGCUAGACCAUGGUGCCGAUGUCAAUGCUCAAGGGGGCCAACACGGAAACGCGCUCGUAGCCGCAUCAUAUAACGGCUAUGAGAAGGUGGUGCACAUCCUACUAGAUCAUGGUGCCAAUAUCAAUGCCCAAGGAGGUGGUACCUAUGACACCGCGCUCCAGGCCGCUUCAUUUAAAGGCCAUGAGAAUGUGGUGCAGGUUCUGCUAGACCAUGGUGCCGAUGUGAAUGCUAAAGGGAGCUGGUCUAGCAAUGCGCUUGGUGCUACAUUAUAUGAAGGCUAUGAGAAUAUAGCGCAGAUCCUACUAGAUCAUGGUGCCGAUAUCAAUGCUCAAGGGGGUGAAUAUGGCAACGCACUCCAAGCUGCAUCAAAUAAGGGCUAUGAGAAGCUAGUACAGAUCUUCCUAGAUCAUGGUGCCGAUGUCAAUGCCCAAGGGGGUCUUUUUGGUAACGCGCUCCAGGCUGCAUCAAAUAAGGGCUAUGAGAAGCUAGUACAGAUCUUACUAGAUCAUGGUGCCGAUGUCAAUGCUCAAGGGGGUGAAUAUGGCAACGCACUCCAAGCUGCAUCAUAUAGUGGCCAUAAGAAAAUGAUACAGAUCCUAUUAGACCAUGGCGCCGAGGUCAAUGCUUCAGGGCCUUCGGGCAGCGCGCUCCAGGCCGCAUCAAUGGAAGGUCAUGAGGAUGUGGUACAGAUCCUACUAGACCUUGGCGCAGAUGUCAAUGCUCAGGGAGGUUAUUAUGGCAACGCGCUCCAGGCCGCCGCUUCGUCUGAUUUCGCAUUAUUUGAUUUCCGAUUUCCUGACCGUGAGAAGAUGAUACAAAUCCUGCUAGACCAUGGCGCCGAUGUCAAUGCUCAAGGAGGUUAUUAUGGCAACGCGCUCCAGGCCGCCGCUUCAUUCAAACACGAAUUAUAUGAACGCGCACCAUCCUCACAUUAUGAGAGUGUGAUACAAAUCCUGCUAGACCAUGGUGCCGAUGUCAAUGCUCCGGGGGGCUAUUUUGGCAACCCGCUCCAGGCCGCAGCAUAUAGAGCUUCUACGAAGGGGGUACAAAUCCUGCUAGAUCAUGGUGCGGAUGUCAAUGCUCAAGGGGGAGAUAUGGCAGCGCGCUCCAGGCCGUCAUUUCAUUCAAUGCCGACACGUGUGGAGGCACACAAGUGCCAGAUCAUCCUGCUAGAUCAUGGUGCCGGUGUCAAUGCCCAAGGGGGUAAAUAUGGCAACGCGCUCCAGGCCGCAGCAUGCAGAGGUCAUGCGAAGAUAGUGCAGAUCCUGCUAGAUCAUGGCGCCGAUAUCAAUGCCCAAGGGGGUAAAUAUGACAGCGCGAUCGAGGCUGCGUUUUGGGAAGAUCAUGAGGAAGUGACCCAGAUCCUGCUGAAUAAUGGUGCUGAUGAUAAAGCAAUUCGUUCAAUCGAAAGUGAGGAAAUUGGUAGGUAA